AUGCCAGCAGAUGGUUUAUGUACUGACUUAACAUGUGAUAAAGAAAUAAAACAUCUAUAUGAAUGUCAUUGUUGUUUAAGUCUUAUUUGCUUUCAUCAUUUAAGUGAACAUGUUCAAGUAACACAGCGAAACAAAGAACGACUUGUUAGUCUUCGAAAUGAAUUAAAAACAGUUGUUGGUACACUUAUAGUAAUUGUUGAAAAAAAAUCACUAAAUAUUGAACGUGAAAAGAAUUUAACUGAACAAGCACAAAAACUACUUGAUGUAGAAAAUGGUUCAAUUGAUGAAGUUCAGAUCAUUUUUGAAGAAAUCAAAGAAGCGAUUGCAUUGAGUCAAUUAGAAGAAAUUAUUAAACUUGAACCAAUAUUAUCAAAUACAAAAACUUGUUCUUGUAUUUGUAAAUGUCGAAAUCAAAAUGAUGAAUUCUUAUCGAAGACUACUUCAUCACCAUCAAGUAGAUCUCUUGUUUAUCUGAAUUCAACAGAUAAAUCAAUGAUGACAACAGACGAUGAAUAUUCAAUGAGUGACAGUAGUGUCAUUGUUGAUUGUAAUUCGCUUGAUCGAACAACAGUUACUAUCGAAGAUAGCGAUGAUGAUAAUGAGCAAAACGAAAUGAAAUCAAGACCACUCAGUGGUUUACGUGGUUUAUGUCCAUUAACAGUUAAUGGUGCAUUUGGUCUUACAACAGCUAACCAUUCAAUGCGUUUUUGCUCAAAAAAAAAGCCUCGCUCAUUAGUAUUAUAUUUUCAUUUUCUGGGUAAACAUCGAUUAAAGCCAGUUUAUGCUCGACGUUUACUGAAAGCUAUUUCAAACAAUGAAGAUCCAAAAACAACAAAACUCUUCAAUAAAAAUGAAGGUGUGAUCAAUCAUUUAUGUAAAAUCCCAUGCCCCUGCAGUAAAAAUAUGAUUCAUUUAUUUCGAGGUUCUACGAAGGACAUGCAUAGAGUACCAUGUCACUAUUCACGAAUGUCAGCUAGAAUAUUACUCCAUCAUUUACAAUAUUAUCACCAUGUUACCGAGAAUGUAGCACAAACAUUAGUUAAUCAAUCAAAGGAAAUUGAAAUGGAAAAACUUAAUUAA